CCUCUGUUUACAGACAUCCGGAAAAACAUGGAGGACAGCACUGGCAAUAAUCCUCAAUCUGUUGGAUUUACGGAGAAAUUAAAAUCUUGGCUCUCAUGGUCAUGGACCUACAUAUGUUUCAUUUGGUUCGGUAUGGUGCUGAUCAUGAUAUACGUUCUCCGGAGUCCCUUGAAACUCCAGGAAAGCUUUACCUCAGCCUCUGUGUUCCUAAAUACAUUGACACCUAAAUUCUAUGUGGCACUUACUGGAACGUCUUCUCUCAUCUCUGGACUCAUAUUGAUAUUUGAGUGGUGGUAUUUCCGUAAAUAUGGCACCUCAUUCAUUGAGCAGGUGUCAGUCAGCCAUCUGCGUCCUCUUCUUGGUGGUGUGGAGAGCAGCUCCACCAGUGGUCUGUUCUCCUCAGUAAAUGGAGAUGCAGAGCCCAGACCCAGCGUUUCAGAGUGUAAGGUCUGGAGAAACCCCCUGAAUUUGUUCAGAGGAGCAGAGUACAGCAGGUACACCUGGGUUACUGGGAAGGAGCCUUUAACGUAUUAUGACAUGAACCUAUCUGCACAAGACCACCAAACCUUCUUCACAGGGGACACUCAGCAGUUAAGACCGGAAGACGCUGUGAUGCAGAAAGCCUGGAGAGAGAGAAACCCGCAGGCCAGGAUCAGAGCAGCCUACCAGGCCAUAGAGAUGAACCAUGAGUGUGCCGCAGCCUAUGUGCUUCUUGCGGAAGAGGAGGCCACCACUAUCACAGAGGCAGAGCGUCUCUUCAAACAAGCACUUAAAAGUGCAGGAAAAGAUGUCAACCUGCUGGUGUACAUAAAGCGGAGACUGGCCAUGUGUGCACGCAAGCUCGGCCGAAUUAAAGAAGCAGUUAAAAUGAUGCGAGAUUUAAUGAAAGAAUUCCCAUUGUUGGGAAUGUUAAACAUACACGAAAACCUCUUGGAGGCCCUCCUAGAGCUGCAGGCAUAUGCUGAUGUGCAAGCAGUGCUCGCCAAAUACGAUGAUAUCAGCUUGCCAAAAUCAGCAACGAUAUGCUACACAUCUGCACUUCUGAAAGCACGGGCUGUUUCAGAUAAAUUCUCUCCAGAGGCAGCGUCUCGGCGAGGGCUCAGCACAGCAGAGAUGAAUGCUGUAGAGGCCAUACACAGAGCUGUGGAGUUCAAUCCACACGUGCCAAAGUACCUGUUGGAGAUGAAGAGUCUGAUCCUGCCACCAGAACACAUCCUCAAGAGGGGAGACAGUGAGGCGGUGGCGUACGCCUUCUUCCACCUGCAGCACUGGAAGAGAGCAGAGGGGGCCUUAAACCUGCUGCACUGCACCUGGGAGGGAACCUUCCGGAUAAUUCCCUACCCCCUGGAGAAGGGUCACUUGUUUUAUCCCUACCCAGGAUGCACGGAGACGGCAGAUAGAGAACUGCUACCAUCGUUCCACGAGGUCUCCGUGUAUCCAAAGAAAGAGCUUCCCUUCUUCAUCCUGUUCACAGCAGGCCUCUGCUCCUUCACUGCCAUGCUGGCCAUGCUCACACACCAGUUCCCCGAGCUCAUGGGCGUCUUCGCCAAAGCGUUCUUCAGCACCCUUUUCGCUCCCCUGGGGUUCUUCGCAGACAAGAUGGAAAGCUUCAUGCCGUCCAGUUUUUGGCAUCAACUGACUCGAAUUUGACCCCCAAAAUGCUGUUAAGAGCACACACACAGACAAACACACACGCAGACAUAAACCCAUACACAGAGACAUAGACACACACACAUAGAUGAGCGACCAUCAGCACUCCGAGGCUUGAAAAAAAAUGUUUGCUCUCCUGUCUUCAGCAGUGCUGUCCACUUGUCGCGUUGUUACUGAUUACGUUGGCAGAGGUUGUGUCAACACAGCCCCGAGGACUGUUAACAUGGGGAGCAUUUAGUCCUCCCCAACAGUUGAACAACUUUAAAUAAGGAUCAUUUUCAGGAAAAGAAAAGGGAUUUCAGAUUGUACGAUUUUCUUUUUUUUCUGUUUUCUUUUCGUUUUUGUUUUCGUUCAUAGGUUUGGGCUAACAAUGUAGGAGAUGUUCAUCAAAACAUGAACUAGUAUUAAGAAACAUCUAUCAACUCCAAACUGUUUGCAAAUAUUUCCGAUUCUUCAUUUGACGCUUUGUUAACAUUCAAAACCAUCAUCGUGUUUCACAACGUCUGACUUUUAUGCUUGUUUUCUUUUCCAUUACGUUCCUUUUUUUUUAAUUUUAUUUCUUUUAAGAUGCUCUCGUGUCACAGUUUACAGUUUGUUUCGUGAGAUGACUCAUCUUUAAAAAGCUAACUUCUGGUGUUAAACUGACACUUCAAAGUGUUUUAACUCCAUUUCUGGUUCAGACGCACAGACUUGGUUGUCUUUUAACAUAUUGGAGACAAUGAAAUAAGGGCCUUUAACACACUAACGGAUACCACGCUGGAUAUCCCGUCACGGAAAGACCCAGAAUACGGCAGUCACAUCUGCGGCUCUAUGCCGCCAUACUCUCCUCCUCAGCAGCUAGGACGUCAAUCGGACAGAACCGAUAGGUUACCAAUAUUGGUUCUAAUGGGAUUGACUGCCGCAGGGCUCAUUGUGAAUGCCGUGUCUGCCCUAAAUCUCCACAACUGGGAUUGACUGGAACGUUUGUUAGACUUCCUAAUAACAGAGCUGUGAUUUACUGCCUUUGAGUGCCUGCAAUAUAUACAACACCUCGGUGGUUCCAACAGUUGUUGCUAAGGCAUGACACUGCAGUAUUAUACGAACCAGGGGUGGGGGGUUCGAGGCGGGAGGGGGGGGGGGGAUAACCAGACAACGUCGCCGGUGCUGAAGCAUCACAAUAUAAGACACACAAAAUAACAGCAGUAGUGCUUCUAGAAGUGCAACACAAAGUGCGCAAAAGGCGCGUCAUGUAGGAGCAAUAACUGCAAGGGCAUUUCUAGUGUGUUUUAAUGUUCUUCCACUGAUGACAGUACUAAACAUUGAUUGCAUUAGUAAUACAAUGUAUUGGCUGUGUUUCUUUUUGUUUAUUUGGUGGUCUCUUUUCAGUGGAGCUGCACCACCCAUCGGACAGCAAUGGACUCAUGCAUUAUUUAUUAUGUAUAUUUAUUUUAUACUCAAAGGUGCAAAGAAGGGUUGUUUUUUUGACUGUCCAAAUCGAAGCCCUAAAUCCUCAAGAGGGUUUUUUUUUUGCUCCAUUCUCUGGCCAACAAUAUGUGAAUGUGUAAUGUUUAUUCUUGUGUUUCUGUGGAAGAAGUAGCACAGCAUGCUGAGGACAGGGGAACGAUGGAGAACAAUGAUCUAUUAUAGCUACCAUGUGAUGAAAAACGCACAAUAAAUUGGUCCUUGAAUGUAAUGGAAGUGAUUGUUGUUUUUGUGGAGGUGUGAAGUGAUUUGGUUUGGGUUUUGUUUGUUAAGUAUGUCAAAGUGUGCGCUUUCCCUUUCUUUAAAGAGGUUAUUCUAAAGCUUAUAUUGUAGUGUUCUGAAACUGCGAAGGCUAGAGUUUCCCUCAAACAGUCAGUAUGCUGUUAAAGUGCCCUGCAGUGAGGCUAAUGGAGAUCUACGAUAGCUGCUAGUCUAGGUGGGCGGCAUGACAAAUAGCUUGGAAACACCACCGCUGAAAUGAUGUUCUUUUACCGUAAGCCCAGAGAUGACAGGAGAUAUGUGUGACGAUUGUCUCCCAGGAUCUCUGUUGGUUAUGGCUUUUUAGAAAAUUAGCCUCUACAAGUGAUGCUUUCGGUCUCAUCAUUGCCUUGCCCCCUUCCCUACUUGGUCUUCCUGCAAUCACCGGACCUGAGCACUAGCCUACGACAGAUUUCACUCCUAUUAUAGUGACGCAUUCAUUUGUUUACUGUCUUAACAAUGGAGUUGUAUGCUCUUGAUUGAACAUGCACUAGUGUGUGUAUAUUGUACAUUGCAAAUGAACAACCUUUUAAGCCAAAACCACUCUCAAAGGUUGUUGAUGUGUUAUUUUACAGGCAGCAGUUUGUAAAUGCGUUUCCUUUUCUCUUCGCAGAUACAUACUUGGUUCUCUCGCAGCAUAUUAACAAAAUAAAUCGGGAAAUUAUAUAUAUGAGAUCAUUUGGCCAGGAAACGCAUGCACAUGCUACGCUCAAGACCAAUUCCACAUCAUCCUUAAAGUCUUGAUAGGCUUGGCGUUUAGGGCCGAUAUAACUGACUUUAGGGCCAAAUAAAGCAGUAAAACUACAAUGUUUGCCAGAGAUUUUCAAUUUUUUGUCCAGUACUUGGAAUAAACUGAGAUAAUUAAAAUGUGCUAAAAAUACACAUAUCCAAUUUCUCAUCAUGCUAUGUGCAAUAGAUAAUAAUCACACAUUAAGGUUUGUGCGGCGGUGGCCCCGCAUCAGACCAGCUGGACGGAAGAGAAAAAUGUGGGAAAUGGUGUAGGGUGUUUUGGACCUUUUUCAACACGACACUUGUAUCCACAGGCAUCUUCUCCAUCCCUCUUCUCAUGCACUUGCAUGUUAAACAUCCCUUUGGUCCGCGGUGUCUGUUCUGCUCCCCGCGGACCUAUUUUAGCUCAGAAAUGUUGUCACAUUGAGAUGCCUGUUUGAUAUCACUAUGAUGGAAUAGAAUGCCAACCAUGCCA